AUGAACAACCAGCAAAAACAACCGGGGAAAAUGCAGACCGCAAAUACACUUUUUCUCGAUCUUCGUGACAGAGGUACCCUCGUGCAGCCCAUGUCGCUUAUUGAUGCGAACACUGGAUGUUCCCCCUUGACAGCACCACAACAACCUGAAAGUGUGCGCAUCAGAGCUUCUAUAGACAGCAAAGUGGUUUUCGAACCUCCCGUGGUGUCUGCUUGUCCAUAUGUGCAGUAUCAUCCCAGGCGCAGCAGCGUCCAUAAGAUAGACAAGUUUUAUGUCGGCCUGCUGCGGGGGUUGCCACCACCCGAUGAUGUACAGGUGAAAUGGAAUACAGAUGUCCGAACGGUCCUUGAAAAUGAUUUGUGUCAAGCGACAAGACAGCUUCCGCAACAUAUGACUGACGAAGAGGUCAUGAUCGAACUAGUUCUAUGCAUGGCUGGAAGGAAAUGUUCGAGAUCGGAAAGCGCACUGCUGAUAGGGAAUCAGCAGAUCGAAAAUCCACUAAGAAUGAAACCGACAGUGUGGAUACACUGCGGGAGCAAGAAAUGCAAGAAGAAAGUCGAUGAGACGAUCAAAAACCUAUCGUAUCUCCACCAGUUCAUUCGUAGAUUCGAUCUCGACCCUCCCCAUUCUUCUUUGCACGCACCUAGGCCUGCAGCAUCCGAGACCGCGCCAGAGACGUCUCCCCUAGAUGAUGGUCGUCAGAUAUUCUUCGAUAUUGAACGGGUAGAUGAUGGGGGCACGUUGUGCGGAGUGAAGACCCAAUUUAUAGUGAACUCUGGUGGUGUGACCACGACAAUCUGCUCUACGAUUGGUGGUGUGGUGACUGUAAACGACAAGCUGUACGCACUGACUACCGCUCAUGGGAUCGUCAACCAUAUCCUUAGUUUACAGCGUGGUUCAAGAAGGAACGACCCGAGAGACGCAAAGGGGAAAGAGGAAGAGGAAGAGGAAGAGGAAGGGGAAGAGGAAGGGGAAGAGGAAGGGGAAGAAGGAUCGAGUGAUUGCGAGUCAGAAGACUUAUCGAGUAGCGGAUCGGAGACAGCUCAUCAUUACUCAACACCAACGCCAGAAGCAGAAGCCAAGGACACUCCGUAUACUCCUUCAGGCUUUUUAGAUUGGGUGAGACUCCCACUUCCCAAGGUGCUGAAAUAUCUGCAUCACGGGACAGCAGUCGGAGAUUACUCGCUGCCAAACAUGUCGACAGCAUCAAGUCAAGCAGAUUUUGUUCUCAUCGAUCUUGAAGCGGCAGGUUUACCUACACCUCUAAACAUGAUCGUUAGAUACGGAUGUCCGAGUUUUAUUAAUGAUCACGUACCAGCAUGGCAUCUUGCGGAGGGUAUGGUGGAUAUCCCCACGGGCAGAUUUGGCCAAACCAUUCAAGGGUAUCUCCUCCAGGGCGACACUUCACUAAUUUUGCGAGGGACUGUAAUUCGCACAAGAAAGAUCCAGGUAGAUCGUGCCGGUGCCGAGACGGUGUUCCAAGAAAUUCACGCUAUGAUGCCUGGAAGUGGCGUCAGAUUACCAACAGGCCCAAGUAACCUCUCCACUUCUCAGCAAGCAUUUAGGCCAAAAGCUACUCCAAACAACGAGGAAGGACGCUUAGUAAACAUAUCAGCAUCCUAUGGACCGCCAUUUCGCACGGAUGAUCUGUCGAUCGCCUCGGAGAAGAGAAGCGCGAUCAACUCGGUACCACAUCGUGCCUCAAUAACACUGCUAAAGAACCCACUAUCUCUCUCUGCUCAGCAAGAUUACAGCAUGGAUUCCAGGGGUCAUCGAUCAUCAUCGAUCGAGCCAAUGGAGCAAGAUUGGUCACCUACCACGUGUCUACCUAGGAUGGAUCCGAUAGCACCUUACGCCGCGAACCAAAGCGCACACUGUGACGUACCAGGCUCAUCUGUCCCCCCGCAACCACAACGCUGCAUUGCAUGUUCUAAGCAUUAUGUGCCACCAUCGUCUUGGGAAAUUCCGUUUCGGAGUCCCAAACCACCCGCAAGGGAUGCAAGGGACUUCUGGACUCGAGACCGCAAGGUAGGAGAAAAGUUUAAAAAAGAUCAUUACGAGCAAUGGAAGCAGGAACAUGAAAAGUGCUCAGCUCCACCGGCCGAGCACAUCAACUUAGGCGUCUCUGAGAUACCGUCGGGCGAGCGCAAGUUGGAGUCGCAACAAGAGGAAGCGGAAGAAAGCAUGAAACGGUAUUUCGAUGGACUGGGAUUAGGAGACGCUUUGGACUUUUCCCAAUAA